GCUUGCUAAUUGAUUUGUUUGUCAAUCGGAGAUCACUAUGAUGAUUUAUGAAUUCUUGGGUUGGCAACUCUAUGAAUUCGUCUUGCAGGAGAUAAAAACAAUGGCUGCCGUUAUUGCAUGGUUAACAGGGUUCAGCAUCCUAGGGAUGGAGGGUUCAUGACUGGCCGCUGUAAAAAAUUAUCUCGUGCUGAAUAAAAACUAUAGUUCUCUGGCUUGUUGGCAGUGAACUUUUUAUGAUAAUUUAGAGUCCGACUAUGUUUGACGCAUGCGUAGUUGCCUUUUGAUAUUUGUGCCUCUGAAGGCCUGUGUUAAGGGCGUUGUCUGUCAGAAUUUAGUUUUCAAAUAUGAAUUGCUUGUUAACGAACAUAGGGCAAGUAGGGGUUGGUGAUUUCCGAAGAGAACCUUAAACUUAUACGUGGUUAAUUAACUGGUUAUUGGCACAUUUCUUUAUCACAAACUCAAUUGAAUGCUUUUGAUUUGCUCCAACUUUUGAGUGAUUUUGGUUUUAAUCUUGGCAAUUUCAGGCCUCCUGAGUUCACAACUAAAGACUGCAAUGAUAUAGUAAGGCCAUAUGCAAUGGAUUCCAUACGUUUCUAUAACGAAACACAAGUCAGUUUUCUUCCGAAUCCUUAUUGCUCUUCUUAAAAUCAAUCUCCAGUUUUUUGGGAUUCCCUUAAUCUUUCUUUUUUGUUCUGUUGCCUUGGCCUAAAUGUCGUGGGGCACAAAAUAUGAGCUGGUGGAGCCUGGUUACCUUACACAUGUGUAUAUUGGGAGAGGCUUUCUUCACCAUGUCGACUUCACGGCUAGAAAGACUGAUGUUGCUGAUGCUCCAGAGGAGAUGUUUUUUGCUGAACUGAUAACUGUCAAACAGGUUCGUUGUGUCAAGUGUUGCAGAUGCAUGGGGCCAAAAAAAUCAAUUUCAGGAGAUAGAAACAAUGGCUGCCUAUAUUGCGAGGAUUCCAACAGUGUUCAGCAUCCUAGGGAUGGAGGAUUCAUGUCUGGCUGUGAUGAAUAAUAGCUACAAUUGCCUGGUUUGUUGGCAGUGAACUUUUUAUGAACAUAACAAUGUCAGUUGUGUAUUUUGAAACUUAAUGUAGAGUUCGACGUGUGCGUAGUUUGCCUUUUGAUAUUCAUUGAUUUGUCCUGCUGUCUCAUGCGCUUGUUCGA